AUGUCAGAUAAAGGAAAUAAGCUGAAAGACUUUGAUGGAAUGAGGUCAAAGUACAGAGAAUGGAUCUACGAAUGUCAUAUGUACAUUCUAGCCAAUCCGACCAAGUACGACUCGGACAUAAACAAGACACUCAUGGUCCUGUCGUAUAUGAGGGAAGGAACAGCUUUACUAUUUGCACAAAAAUACUACUUUGACAGAGAAUUCCAGAAGUACAAAGCAACGGAAACCAAAAAAACAUGGGGAACGUUCAAAGACUUCUUGAAAGAAUUAGCUGCCGCAUUCAAAGACGAAAGUCUCGAACAGAAGGCGAGACAGAAAUUAUUCACGAUGAGAAUAGGAAAGCAAUCAGCGGACAAGUUUGUCACGGACUAUCUCAUGACAGCAGGAGAAAGUGGAUUUGAUCUUGAAUCCACCGUUGACUAUUUCCGCCUGGAAAUUCUCAAACAAAUCUACAGACUCCCUGAUAUGCCGACAACCAUGGAUGAUUGGAGGGAGCUACAAAGCAUAAAAAGCUCUGUACCCUCUGCUGCCGUCCGACCAAACAACCCCUUCCGUUACAACUCCUCUAACGCUCCAUCAUCUAUGAACAACUCUGUCGUCCCCAUGGCCGUAGAUGCAGUCCGAAUGACCCUUACAGACAAAGAGCGCAAUCGCCUCAGGAUGGAGGGUGGGUGCUUUUACUGUCGCCAGAAAGGACACAUGGCAAAUCAAUGCCCUGUCAGGGGUUCGUCUAGGAUAUAUGAAGGGUCAACUGGACAUGUUCAACAGGGUAGCAGAAUAGUGGGGAACCGCUCGGCUCAGGCCAGUAGCAGGAUGGGAGGAGGAGGAAGCAGCUAUGGCCGAACGUUCUUGGCAGGAGCUCCAGGCAGUACUCAGGGAGGCACUACGGCGCAAGGUAGAAGCAUGGCAAUGACUAACCUGUUCUGGGCCAGACUUGCAGCUCGCCAAGCCCACGCACCCGGACCGGAUGCGCCUGUACAUGAGGAGGAGCCUGAGAUUAGCCGAGAAGAGAUCCAAAGCGUUAUAAGAAAGAUAAGAUAG